GUCGAUGGGUAAGCGUCAUCAUUAGGCGACAGUUCUUGCAAGCAACUGGUUGCUAGCCUCCUCUUUAAACGCAGUCGGUAUCUUCUGUUUCUGUCAAACUUUGAGCCCCAAUGACUGCCUCCACCCGUACCACUGUGUUGUCGCUGUACAUGCGUGUUUUUCGAAUCGCUCGAAACUGGCAAGCACAAAGUGGUGUUCUGAGUGACACGGAGACUGAGAGAAAGUACAUACUGCAGGAGGCCCGCACUCUGUUCAGACAGAACCAAAAGCUCACAGAACAAGAAUCAAUAAAAAGGUGUAUAGAGGAAUGUGAAGCAAGGAUAGAAAUAGGUCUGCAUUACAGAAACCCGUACCCAAGGGCUACGUAUUUACCACCGCUUGGACUGGCAACUCAGAAGGGCAGGAAGCUGCGAGCACAGCAGCGCCUGAGGAAACAGGCCAAACCAAUUUACUUACAGUCACAUGAUGAGACCUGAUGCUUGAUAUCCCCGAUCUUCGCCAAGAAUUCAAGUUACCAGGGAGAGAAAACUAGAGUGUUGUUACAGUUGAAAUGUUGCAAGCGCUCAGUGAUGCAGGAUCACACGUCCUUCAGGACAAAGCCACUUUUUUUGUUGUUGUUGUUUUUUUGCAAUCACGAGUUGUAACUGAAGACUGUCAGAGUCCUUUCAGCUCAGGAAAGCUGCCACUGUAGAAGGAUUUGUAAUAUGAGAUCAAUUUGUAUAUUUUAUUUAUUG